UUUGCCUUGGCUUGUGUGUGGCAAGCGAAGCAAGAAGAAUGGUAGUUUCAGUAAAUAAGUAUUUGGGGUGAAUAUCGAGUGAAAGGAGACGAAACACGAACUUGGAACCUCGCCGUAUAAGUAGACAAGUUAAUUAAGAUAAUUGAGUUCAAACAUCCAAGAGAUCUGAUUUGUCACUGAGCCAGGGUGUGUCAGAUGCGUUAAAGUGACACAGAGGAGAAGACUUGUACGAGGACUAGGCAGCAAUGACAUGGGAAUGCGGCUCAGACGCAAGAGAAAAACAACAGUGUCCCGAGCACACCAUGGGGAGCAAGCUGAAGCCGGGGGGGGUCCGGCGGCACCUGAAGGAGAAGGUGGUGCAGAUGUAUGAGGAUCUCUUCCAUGGAGCUGAUCCCUGCAUCAAUAACUCCAGGUUCUGGGAGGAUCUCUUCCUUCUCAAGCCGAAGAUGUCUGCUUUAGAAGGUGAGAUCAGCCGAUGCACAUCCGACCAGCUGCUGGGGCUCAAGGAGAACAUCAAUACCCUCUUCUCCAAGUGUGUGCAGACCCUGUCCCACGACCAUCAUAUACGGGUCAUCAAUGCACUUUUGACCUUAUGCAGCCUGGUACGUGGACUCUACAGAAAAAUGCAGGGAGAUUAUGGGUUUGACUUCAUUAACAUUCUCAUAGGCUUUGAUUCUGCAGAAGAACAAAUGCAACUUCUCCUGAAUCAUGUCUCAAAUUUCCUAACAGGUGAAUAUUGUGACAGUCUGAAGUCCCUUAGCCUUAAGUUCUUGUUAGUUCUGGCCACAGGGACAGACAACAUCAGCCAAAACACUGUUCUUGAGUAUCUCACCAUCAAUUGCAACUUCGACUCCGUCAUUCAGCUGUUGAGCCAUUCAAGUACACGAAACCAACAUGGCCCCGAAGCAGUGCUGUACCUCAUGCUGAUGGUGAACUACCGCAAGCAUGAGAUGACCAAUCCAUACACCGUUAACCUCUCCCUCUUAGAUGAUGAACUCAUUUUAAAUGGCUAUGGUCAGGUAAUAACUGCAUCCUUGGCAGACUUUAACCAUAAAUAUUCAGCCCACUUCAUGGAACCACAUGGCUCUGGCUGGUUUGCCUCCCUCACAUCCAUGGUAGGAUCCAUGUUUGUGUCCGAGGAGAUGGCAACACGCAAUGAACACAUUAAUCUGGCCAAGAAAAUGAACAUCUUCCAGUUAGCACACCAGGUCAUGAAUAUUUUCAAUUUGUUCAUCACAUAUGGGGACACUUUCCUCUCAACACCAUCAAGCUAUGAUGAGCUCUACUAUGAAAUCAUGAGGAUGCACCAGGUAUUUGAGAACAUGUACUCCAUGAGCUUACGAUAUUCAAGAACAGAUGGAGAUUACAAAGAAAGUGCACAAAAGCUCACAAACUCACUAGGCAACGUCAGAUCAAUAAUAAAUCACUUCACCCCCAAGUUAGACAAAUGGAGUCAGGAACAUGGAGUAUCAACACUUACAGAAGAACAGGUUCUAGAGGUGGUCCGGAAUAACUAUGACAGCCUAACCCUCAAACUCCACGACAGUUUAGAUCAGUAUGAAAAAUAUGCUGAGAAGCCUCAGCAUGCUAAUUUCUUCACAAACAUGGUAAGAAGCAUACUCAGCGAUACAAGACAAAGCAUUGAUUUUAGCGCCUUUGAAAACUUAACAAUAUUACAAGAACUGAGCCAGUCAACAUAGAUAUUAUUACCUAGAUUUUGCAGUUGCAGUGGGGUGGCAAUUAAAUAUGGUAAGGUGAUUUUUCUGGAAAGGAGUAGUAUUCUGUAUGAAACAAGGAAUAAAUAGAGGGGACUUGUAAUAGGUGAUUCCAGACUUUGAAAAACAUUUCCCAUUGAAGAGAAUAAAGUAGUAAAUAAUAUGUAA